AUGUCGCAGAGGAGUCCUGCGACGCCCCAUGGUUCCGGUUACCAGACUCCUGGGUCGUCGAUUCGGGAGACGUCGACGAGCAAUCCAAAUGCGCCGCACCAGCCUGACAGUGGCAUUGGCGCUCCGAAAUACAGCAGCGGGUUCCAUGCUGCCGAAGACUUGAGACAGCAACAAGUCCCACCAAGACUUCUGGGUGUCCAUAAUAUACUGAACCCAUCAGAGCCUCAGUCGAGAGCUCACGAGGGCAGACCUUCUGGGGACAGAAUCAGCGUCUUCACCGGCCAUCCGGAUCAUGCGGCUUCUGGUUCUGCUUCACACCCAAACACUCCUAUUGGGCCUGGGGCACCGCUGCCCCCUUCGAUGCUGCACGAACGAAACUCGCCAGCCGUGCCUUAUUCCCACUCAACGGAUAAUCGACCGGCUCCCAGCCCCAAAGGCCCGGGUCUGAAGAGUAUUGGGAUGGGGGGAUUCCCGCCAAGGGAAACGGAUCCAAGAGCGCAUGGCCUGGCUCCCAGCAUUUCUCCUGCGAAGCGUCGCCGAGAGGAUGAUGGUCCAGAAGAUUACAGACCGCAUGUCCCAAAUCGGAGUCACCCGUCAAGUGUUCCGCAUACACCAAAUCUACCUGCUGCCGCCGCGAUUUCCCGGUCAUAUUCGCAACCAAUGGCUCAACCACAGGGGGGACCUCACCAGCCUCCUUCCGGAGACGCCCUAGACGCUCCAUCGAGAGACGCACACGGCUAUCCCCAACCUUCUCCUGCCCACGCCCAUUUUCAGCCAGGUCCCUAUGGAGGACGAUCAUUCUCCGCUUCAGCUGUCACUGGCCCACCUCUUGACGAGCCUACCUGGCCCGAAUCAAUGCGUCGAUCAAGUCUAGGGGCGCAGAUAAUGGCAGGUGAUGGCCAGCAAGCAUUCAUAUCUCUUCCUGGUAGCGACGCCCCAAUUCCGAUCCACGUAGAUUACUCGCAGGCAUCGAAGAAGGCAGACGAGAAGAGACAACGGAACGCAAAGGCGUCGACUCGCCACCGCCGGAAGAGAAAGGCGAUCCAGGAAGAGAACGCCAGGCAGCUUCAAGAUCUCAAAGAGAGCAGGGAAGAUAUGGAGCUGAAGAUCGAAGAGUUGACAGCCCAGCGAGACUUUUACAGAAGGGAACGAAACCGGCUGCGCGAGGUCGUCGCUCGAACACCCUCGAUCGCUGAACACGCCGCAUCGGCACCUAGCCCCACGUUAACGCCGGCACGGGUGGGAUCGUACAGCCCUCGCCACAGUGCCCGAAACAUCAGAGAAUACAGCAGUGAAGCCUCGUCUAAUGAAAGGCCAGCCCGGCGUCAAAGGAUCGAUGACGGCUCUGAAAACUCUCUGGCAUCGCUUGUUGGUGCCCCUGGAACCCCCCUUGGGCAGGUCCCGAAUCUUGGUCCAGGAUUUGGUGCUCCAUCUCGACCCCAUUCGGCGGCAUCGUCAUCGGCAGGCGGAGGAGAGCGACUGCCGCCUUUGCGAACACACAUCGAUGGCCCACCCCCGAUGCUCCAUGGCCAGCCUGGGCAACCUCAUGAACAGGACCCUAGAACUGGCCAGUGGAUCCCUAUACAACCCCGCCACAUUGAAACUGGUUGGGCAACAGGUGGCCGUAAGCUGAGCGACGGCCCGCCUCGGUAG